AUGGACGAGUCUUUGCCAUUGGAGGGCUGGAUUUGUAAGCUUUGUAAAUCGCCAGAAGGUUUUGGACCCAUCACAUUUUAUGGCGAUUUGAGCCGAUGCUUCAUUGAUGGAGUUGUUCUGAAUGGUGCUGCCUUGUUUGGAUUUGUGUUUGGUUUGACUAAUCUGGCCAAGCUCUGUCGAAAGAAGCAUCCCGGUUGGAAAUAUAGAACAGACUGGAUUCUUGUGUCGAGACUAUCAUUGGUGGUCCUCCAGUUCGUUUUCCUUGUUUUGGCCGCUUUCAAGUCAUUUAGACUCGAAGAGAAUGAUGUAGCAGCUCGCAGUCAAUAUUUUCUGACUCUCAUCUCCCUAUUGGUUGCGUUUGCAUUACAUUACGUGGAAUACUACAGGUGCAAAGUUUCCAAUACUGUUCUACUGUUCUACUGGCUAUGGUUAACAAUUGGAUAUUCUAGCAAGACGAUAAACUUUCUCAUUCGGCACUCUUAUGAGGGCGUUUGGCCGUUGGGUCACGGCAUGUUUGUGUUGGCGUUAUUUCAGAGUAUCAAUGCGUUCCUGGUGUUGCUGCUAGAAGCUCUGCCAAGGAAGCACCUCAUGCCUUAUCAAGUUAUUAGUGAACGAGUUUCCCGCAGAAAGGAGAAUCCGUAUGACUCCGCUAACGUGUUCUCAAGAAUCUCGUUUUCAUGGAUGACAGAUCUCAUGAGGACUGGAUACCAGAAAUACUUGGUAGAGACGGAUCUUUACAAACUUCCGGAAAGUUUCGGUAGUGCUGAGCUGUCGGAGAAAUUUGUAAAUAACUGGCAGGAUCAGGUAAAAUGUAGAUCCAAGCCAUCGUUGACUUGGACUCUGUGGGUCACUUUCCGCUCGAAAUUGCUGGUUGCUGCCAUUUUUAAAGUUGGGUUCGAUAUAUUAGCGUUUACGCAACCACAAUUGCUAAGAAUCUUGAUCAAAUUUGUCACUGACUACAACGAAGAGAGAAAGCAAGCAGGGUCAUCGUUGGCACAAGGUUUCGACGUGAUUGGCAAACAUGUCCAGAAAUUGCCAAUUGUAAGAGGGUUCAUGAUUUCAAUUGCCAUGUUUGCAGUUAGUUUCAUCCAAACUUCUAUUUUGCACCAAUAUUUCCUCAAUUCAUUCAACAGUGGUAUGAACAUCAAGAGUGCGUUGACCUCUGUUAUUUAUAAAAAGGCCUUGGUUUUGUCGAACGAAGCAGCAGAUACGUCAUCGACCGGCGAUAUAGUGAAUUUGAUGAGUGUCGACGUUCAAAGACUGCAGGAUUUGACGCAAUGGUGUCAUUUAAUUUGGUCAGGUCCAUUCCAAAUCUUGUUAUGCCUUAUCUCCCUUUACAAACUUCUAGGCAGAUCAAUGUGGGUUGGUGUAAUUAUCCUAUUGAUUAUGAUGCCAUUGAAUUCCCUGCUCAUGAGAAUUCAGAAAAAACUACAAAAGAUUCAAAUGAAAAAUAAGGAUGAGAGGACGAGACUCAUCAGCGAGAUACUCAACAAUAUUAAGUCCUUGAAACUGUACUCUUGGGAAGCUCCUUACAAGAAAAAACUUGAACAUGUUAGGAAUGAUAAAGAACUGAAGAACUUAACCAAGAUGGGUGUGUACAUGGCUAUGACAAUGUUCCAGUUCAACAUUGUGCCCUUCUUAGUAUCAUGUUCAACCUUUGCCGUGUUCGUUUUCACCGAGAAGAGACCCUUGACAACUGACCUCGUUUUCCCAGCUUUGACUCUGUUUAACCUGUUGUCGUUCCCACUAAACGUCGUUCCUAUGGUUUUGACCGCUUUCAUCGAAGCGUCAGUCUCGAUCACAAGAUUAACGGCAUUCCUGAUGAACGAGGAGCUGCAAAAGGACGCUGUGCACCAUUUGCCCAAGGUGGGCAACGCAAAUGAAGUAGCCAUUAAACUAUCUGACGACGCUACUUUCCUAUGGAAACGUAAGCCUGAGUACAGGGUCGCGUUGAAGAACAUCAAUUUGGAGGUCAAGAAAGGUGAAUUGGCCUGUGUUGUUGGUAAGGUUGGUAGUGGUAAAAGUGCCUUGAUUCAGAGUCUCUUGGGUGACCUUUAUCGAGUAAAAGGUUCUGCUGCCGUCCAUGGUAGGAUUGCCUAUGUUAGUCAAGUUCCUUGGAUCAUGAACGGAACUGUUAAGGAAAAUAUUCUCUUCGGUCAUAAAUAUGACCCUCAUUUCUACGAUUUGACAAUCAAAGCCUGCGCGCUGACGAUUGACCUUGAUAUUUUGCCUGAUGGUGAUGAGACUAUGGUCGGUGAAAAGGGUAUCUCUCUUUCUGGUGGUCAAAAAGCUCGUCUCUCUCUUGCCAGAGCCACCUAUGCAAGAGCAGAUACUUAUUUGUUGGAUGAUCCCCUCGCUGCGGUUGAUGAACACGUUUCAAAGCAUUUGAUUGAACACAUCUUGGGUCCUAACGGCCUGUUGAAGAGCAAAACUAAAUUGUUGACUACCAACAAAAUAUCAGUUCUAGCAGUUGCGGAUUCCGUCACACUAAUUGAAAAUGGUGAAAUAAUUCAACAUGGCUCAUAUGAUGAUGUUUCAAAUGAUCUCGAUACACCAUUAGCGAAACUAGUUAAGGAAUUCGGAAAGAAGAAUACGUCUGACGAUGUGUCGAAAACCUCUAGUUCUGUGAGCGUACCUAGUGUGCCAGUGAAGGAAGAGCUUGAAGGAUUACAGAAAGUCAAUAAUAUUAAUUUCGAUUCAGACUCCGCUGAAAGUUUGAGGAGGGCCAGUGAUGCGACUUUAGUUAGUAUAGAUUUUGAUGACGACGAGAACUCGGCUACCAGGGAACAUAGAGAGCAAGGAAAAGUGAAAUGGGAAAUCUACUGGGAAUAUGCGAAAGCUUGUAACCCAAGAAACGUGUUUAUAUUUCUGUUCUUCAUUGUCCUGUCGAUGUUCCUCUCAGUUAUGGGAAAUGUCUGGUUGAAGCAUUGGUCUGAGGUCAAUUCAAGAUAUGGAAGUAAUCCGCAUAUUGGCCGUUACCUGGGCAUCUAUCUUGCGCUUGGUGUCAGCUCGGCUUUAUCGACUUUGAUUCAAACGGUUGUUCUCUGGGUUUUCUGCACUAUUCGUGGUUCCCGUCAUUUACACGCGGUAAUGACCAACUCGGUGCUGAGGGCACCAAUGAUCUUUUUUGAGACAACGCCAAUAGGCCGCAUCUUGAAUAGGUUUUCGAAUGACAUCUACAAGGUGGAUGAGCUUCUCGGAAGAACGUUUUCUCAAUUUUUCGUUAAUGUCACUAAAGUUUCCUUCACUAUCAUAGUAAUCUGUUUCACUACCUGGCAAUUUACCUUCAUUAUAUUACCAAUGAGCUGGCUCUACCUCUAUUAUCAACAGUAUUACUUGAGGACAUCAAGAGAACUCCGUCGUCUGGAUUCAGUGACCAAGUCACCUAUCUAUGCACAUUUCCAAGAAAGUUUAGGAGGAUUAUCCACUAUCCGUGGCUAUAAUCAGCAGAAGAGAUUCGUUCAUAUAAACCAGUCUCGCAUUGAUAACAAUAUGAGUGCAUUUUACCCUUCUGUGAACGCUAACCGUUGGUUGGCGUUCAGAUUAGAAUUUAUUGGAACGAUAAUUAUUUUCGGUGCUGCAUCUUUGUCUAUUUUAAGGUUAAAACAGGGUACGUUGACCCCAGGUAUGAUUGGCUUAUCAUUAAGUUACGCUUUGCAGAUUACCCAAUCACUAAACUGGAUUGUUAGAAUGACCGUCGAAGUGGAGACCAAUAUUGUGUCCGUUGAGAGAAUCAAGGAAUACUCGGAGAUCAAGAGCGAGGCACCACUAAUGAUUGAAGGUCACAGACCCCCUGAAGAAUGGCCUGAUAAAGGAGAUAUCAAGUUCGAGCACUAUUCGACAAGGUACAGACCGGAGAUGAACUUGGUACUGAAGGAUAUCAAUUUACAUAUCAAACCUCGUGAGAAGAUUGGUAUUGUUGGAAGAACAGGUGCAGGUAAGUCAUCAUUGACGCUUUCAUUGUUCAGAAUGAUCGAAGCGGCCGAAGGCCGCAUAGUCAUUGAUGGCAUCGCAAUCAAUGAGAUCGGCCUGUUUGAUUUGAGACACAAACUUUCAAUUAUUCCUCAGGACAGUCAAGUUUUCGAGGGUACAAUUCGAGAGAACAUCGAUCCCACGAACCAGUAUACGGACGAACAAAUCUGGAGAGUGCUUGAAUUGUCACACUUAAAGGACCAUGUUUUGAGCAUGAGUAAAGAUGGCCUGAUGACUAACUUAAACGAGGGCGGAAGUAAUUUCAGUGUUGGACAAAGGCAGCUCAUGUGUUUGGCUCGAGCACUACUAAUACCUUCGAAAGUCUUAGUCCUCGACGAAGCCACUGCGGCUGUGGAUGUUGAAACCGAUAAGCUAAUUCAACAAACAAUCCGUACGGCUUUUAAAGACAGGACAAUCCUAACGAUUGCCCACAGAUUGAAUACAAUCAUGGACAGUGACCGAAUUCUGGUGUUGGAUGCUGGAAGGGUUUGUGAAUUUGAUACUCCAGCAAAACUGCUGGAGAACCGAGAAUCAUUGUUUUUCUCGUUAUGUAAUGAGGCUGGUUUAACCAAUCAAUAG